AUGUCUGUACUAGUAAAUGGCAGUCCCACUGAGGAGUUUAGGAUGGAGAAGGGGUUGCGUCAAGGAGAUCCACUCGCACCGUUUCUGUUUCUGAUUGUGGCAGAAGGACUAAAUGGCCUCUUUCAUAAUGUUGUGCAGAUGGGUAAAUUUCAGGGAUUUACGCUUGGAGAAAAUGCAGAGUUUACUAUUUCAAUGUUGCAAUUUGCAGAUGACAUGUUAUUUAUUAGGGAUGCAACAAUACAAAAUGUGACAACCAUGAAAUGCGUACUGAGAUGCUUUGAAUUGAUCUCUGGUCUAAAAGUUAACUUCCAUAAAAGCAUUCUGGUGGGGGCUAGAUCCAACAGCCUGGCAAUGUGGGAACCAAUUGUUAUUAAGCUCAGGGGAAGACUCUCAGCACAAAAUUUGGAGGAGACAGACCCAGUGUUCAAAUUGGUUUGGACAACUCCAGUUCCGUCAAACAUUAGAGCUUUUAUUUGGUGUUUGCUGCGGGACAGACUUCAAACAAGGGACAAUAUCUGUAAAAGGCUUGUCAUAGUGAGUGGGGAUGAAUCCUUAUGUCCCCUUUGUGGGCAGGAGGAGGAGUUUACUAAUCACUUAUUUUAUCAAUGUAAUGCCAUCUACCCUAUUUGGUAUAGGUGUGCGGAAUGGCUUGGAGUGAUGUCAACCUUGUUGCCUACGCCGCGAGAUCAUCUACUGCAAUUUUCUACAAUUGGGGGAAACAAGGAGCAACGAGCUGGGGAGUAUGCUAUACAAUUAUGUGGAAUAUAUGGUUGGCUUGUAACAAAGUAA